UCGCACGACGCGCUUCCCGCAUCGCGCACUUGGAUUUGGGAUUAAACCUUCAGGCGCGUCUCCUCUGUGGAUCCCAGCGCAGAGCUCCUCAAUCGCACCGGUCGGACAGUCCGAUGGCAUGCGCCUGCAAUAGUGCAUGUGGCUCGCGUUGUUAUCAUCAGUAGUUGCGCUCGUCCGUCUCUCCAUCCACGCCGAUCCCGAUGCAGUGGGAUGGAUGGUGUUAGAGUGGCGCUGAUGAUGGUGGAGGAGACUGAUGAACAGAGGGACAGCGGCGGUGGCGCAGCGAUGGCCGCGCUACAUCAGUGCGAACUGAUCCAGAACAUGAUCGACAUCUCCAUCUCCAGCUUGCAAGGGCUCCGGACCAAAUGCGCGGCGUCCAACGAUCUCACUCAGCAGGAGAUCCGCACUUUAGAGGUCAAGCUGAUGAAGUACAUCUGUAAGCAGCUGCAGUGUAAGCAGAAGGUGCCAGACACUGAGCGGCCGGCGGCGCUGAACAGCUACCCACGGUUGGAGGACUGGUUACGCAUCAUCAACGUCAGACCUGCACUCAUAGAGGCAGUGAACGUGAAGCUGUCAUUGGAUGCUCUGCUGCAGAUGCCCAUCAUUCAGGUAAAGGAAACCAUGAGACGGCUGGGCUCCACUUCAGAGGACUGUACCAGGCUAUGUGCCGCCCUCAAUUGCUUAAAGAGUGCCUCUGAGUCAGGGGACUUUAAAGAGGACAGCGGUUGUUGGUUCUCCGAGCCCAUGAGACGGGACAGUGGCGGCUUAACUCCAGUGGACCAGAUCCCAUUAUUAGGGGGUUCCCUGCGACCCCACAGCCCCUCUCCUCUUGCCCGGCCCAUGACUACACCCCUCACCACCUGCCCACACCCCCGCUACAUCCUAUCACCCGGCGAGGCACACAUCUAUCAUGGAUACGCGGAGAGUCUGACAGACCCCAGCCCAUAUUACACGUCCCGGCCUGUCAGACUCCACGGACAUACCUCGACUCCGCCCAUAACCCCGCCCUCCCGCAGGAGACACCGCCUCAAGCCUCCCUGCACUCCUCCUCCCCCCUCCCGUAAAGUCCUGCACCUCCUUCCCAACAUCACACUGACCCGCAGCAAGAGUCACGAGAGUCAGUUGGGACACCGCAUUGAAGACACACCCACAAACAAAUGUGUAAAGAAGAACAAGCUGUUUCUGAACGUCCAGAUUAAUGGUAACGGCUGCGAAGACUCUCCAUCCCGAUCGCCCACUCUCUCCGUGCGGACCCCCGGAGCAGCCCCCGCCACGGCCCCGUACACUUUACCAGGCACCCCGACACUACAAGAGGAGCACAGCGGCCUAAGGAAUAAUGUUACUGUCCACCGUAGUUCACCUCAGGCUCUGAGGAGAGACAUUGGGCUGGCCGUCACUCACAGGUUUUCUACAAAGUCUUGGCUAUCUCAGACAUGUCAAGUGUGCCAGAAAAACAUGAUAUUUGGGGUGAAAUGUAAACAUUGCAGAUUAAAGUGUCACAACAAAUGCACUAAAGAAGCUCCACCAUGCAGAAUUUCCUUCCUGCCCAUCACAAAGAUUCGCAGGACAGAGUCUGUGCCCUCAGACAUCAACAAUCCUGUGGACCGUCCACCUGAAGCGCCACAGUUUGGCACUCUACCGAAGGCAAUCACAAAGAAGGAUCAGCCGCCAGUGCUGAAUCAGCUAGACUCCAGCAGUAAUCCGUCCUCCACCACCUCCUCCACACCGUCCUCUCCUGCCCCCUUCCAGCAGAGCAACCCGCCCAGUGUGACUCCACCACCAAACCCCUCACCAAAAGGCCACCGGGACAACCGCUUCCACUUUCCAGCUGCCUGUUAUUUUCAGCACCGACAGCAGUUUAUCUUCCCUGAUGUGUGCAGUUCCAGCAUCCUUCACUCAGAUGGACUUCCAGACACAGUUAAUGAGAUCGAUCCAUCAGUGGAAGAGAUGCAUGCAGAACAAGAUGAGGAAGAUGACCGAGAGGAACUGGAAGAAGAGGAAGAGGAGGAACUAGAAGCCGAGGAGGAGGAGGAGGAAGAAGAGGCAGUGGAGGAAGAAGAUGAGGAGGAAGAGCUGGAAGAUGAAGAGGACCUUGAGGAUCUUAACGGUGGCUCAGAAGGAGAGUGUGAAGGAGAUGAGCUGGACGACCUGCCGAGCGCUCGAGGGGGCCACUGGAAGGGCCCAAUCUCCCGAAAGGCCAGCCAGACCAGCGUGUACCUGCAGGAGUGGGACAUUCCCUUCGAGCAGCUGGAUCUAGGGGAGCUCAUCGGGAAGGGCCGCUGGGGGCGUGUUCACCGUGGCCGCUGGCACGGGGAGGUGGCCAUCCGGCUGCUGGAAAUCGACGGAAACAACCAGGACCACCUAAAGCUCUUCAAGAAGGAAGUGAUGAACUACAGGCAGACGCGCCAUGAGAAUGUGGUGCUCUUCAUGGGAGCCUGCAUGGCACCUCCACACCUCGCCAUUAUCACCAGCUUCUGCAAAGGCCGGACGUUGUAUUCUGUUGUGAGGGACACAAAAAACACACUGGACAUCAAUAAGACUCGGCAAAUUGCGCAGGAGAUUGUGAAGGGAAUGGGCUACCUUCAUGCUAAGGGCAUCGUUCACAAGGACCUUAAAUCCAAAAAUGUGUUUCACGACACAAACAAAGUCGUCAUCACUGACUUCGGCCUCUUCGGGAUCUCUGGAGUGGUUCAGGAGGGACGACGUGAGAACGAGCUGAAGCUUCCUCAUGGAUGGAUCUGUUAUUUGGCUCCAGAAAUUGUGCGUAAAAUGAGUCCUGGAAACAACGAGGACAGACUUCCGUUUUCAAACGCUGCUGAUGUUUACGCGUUCGGCACCAUCUGGUAUGAGCUGCAGGCGCGGGACUGGCCCAUCACCAGUCAGCCCGUGGAGGCCACCAUCUGGCAGGUGGGCAGCGGAGAGGGCAUCCGGAGGGUCCUGGCAGAGAUUAACCUGGGCAAAGAGGUCACGGAGAUUCUGUCCGCCUGCUGGUCGUAUGAUUCCCGUAACCGGCCCACAUUCACUCAGCUGGCAGACAUGCUGGAGAAGCUGCCCAAACUGAACCGACGUCUGUCUCACCCAGGACACUUCUGGAAGUCUGCAGAGUUGUAGCCGCGUGCCUGAAACAUGAGCAAUGCAAAACACAAACCCGGCUCUGCCUUGCAUGCCUGCUGAAAGCCUGACCUCUACUGGACUUACAAACUAACACGGCCUGCUCUUCCAUCUCUGACUUUCUUUGAGUCCUUUGUGUGUUUGAGGACUAGAGACUGACCUGGCAACGCAGACAACAAAACUCUUUGCCUUUCUUCAAACUCCUACUCCUAAUAUUAUUCUUAUUAUUUUUCUGAGUGCGCGACUGGUUUUCUUUUCCCCUCUCGCUCCGUGACGCAUUUCUCGUCGGAUUAGCAGGAUUCAGUGACACUUCAAUGCAAAGUUCUACUUCUCUCGCUCUUUCUCUCCCCUUUUCCCUUCUUUCGUGGUCUUGGUGCCUCUUAGUCCUGUGCGACAUGCGCUGAUUCUGUCUCCGAUGGGCUAGUCUGGUUCAUGCUAACACACUUUUAGUUGUCACACUUCCUCCACGGAGACUGCUAGUAGCUGUUUUCCUUCACAAAUGAUGAUGUUCUUGACGGAAAGUUGUCGAGUUGUAAGGGUCCAACCAAAUGUGGGCCCUUUCUGAGUACUGAUUGCAAAAAUGAGCCAAAGAGAAGCGUGUACGACUUCUCGCCUGACGACAUACAGUGUCCUCUGCUAGCAUCAGCACAUAUUGGUAAAUAUGAGCAAAGAAUUAUUUGUGUCGUUUAGCCUUGUGAUAUUUUGCUCUGAAUAUUAACAAAAUCUUGAUCAUUGAAAAUAAACAAUUGCAAACACGGCACAG